GUGGUGACUUUUAUUUUGACGCGCGAGCGCACCGCAUCCGCUUCCGGUGGCAGCAGCAGUGUUUACUAGAGACGAGCGGCUGUUUUGAAAGAAGAUGAAUAACGAAUCUGACUCCGAUCUCGACGAAAGAAUAGAAAUAUUGAAGCAGAAAUAUCUCCAGAGGAGGAAGCGGCAGGCUCCAGAAGCGUGGGCUGAUGAUGGACACAGAUCUGACCUCAGAGACAUCUACAGGACACUUUCACAUCAUCCACGAGGUAGACCUGACGUGGCUGAAGACGAGCCGAGUGAUGAAGAUGAAGAGACGAACGUGUUCUGCACAGAGACAGACGUGACUUUACCGUCCGAUCUGCUGCGGUCCUCCAGUUCCUCAGCACUGAACCACAGAGAGAGAGACAUGCUGUGUCAGAGCAGCAGCGGAGCAGCAGCAGUGCAUGUGUAUCAGGAGAUGCUGACCAUCUAUGAGAAGCUGCAGGCGGAGCGUCUCAGUCAGCAGGUGUGGGCGGCGCAGCUGUGUGAGCGAGAGCGUGAUCUGCAGCAGAGAGAGACUGUGUUCCAGCAGCGCAGCGCUGACAGACUCAGAGUCGAGCAGGAGGUGCUGAGACGAGUCCAGAACCUGCAGCAGCAAUAUCAGCAGGAGAAAAGUGACCUGGAAAUGGCUCUGAAGCAGAAAACUAAAGAGAAUAAGAGAGUGAAGGCCAAUUUUGAUUCCAUGAAGGAGUUAAAUGACUCUAUGAAGAAUCAGCUUAACGAGGUCAGUGAGCAGAACAGGAAGCUGGAAUGUCAAUCUCGGAAAGUUCAAGCUCGACUGGAGAACCUGCAGAGGAAAUACGAGUCCUUCACGACACACAGGAGCCGAGAAACCGCUGCUCCUAAAGCGUACGACCCCAAACCCAGCAAACCAGAGAGAGCUCCAUCAAACACAGCAGCAGGAAAGAGCGCUGCACACGGGCCGCUGCUCAAGCUGCUGACGCUGCUGCUGGAUUGGCUGGUGGACGGUCAGCUGAUGGAGGUCAGAGGUCAGACGUCUUCUGCGCAGGAGAGAUGCACCAGGGUUCUGCCGAUGCUGGUGGAGCAGCUUCAUGUUGUGAUGGAGCCGUCCUCGUCUCUGAUGCUCUCUCUGCUGCGCUGCAUCUACUGCGUCCUGCUGCAUCUGGAGCACAGCUCACAGCACACUGUCCUGACCUCCACGCUGAGGAGGCUGGGAGAAGAGGUGUCUCGAGGAUCACGUGUUCCUCCGUUGUUCAAGAGCUCCUGUCUCCACACACGCUUCCUGUGCUGCCUCAUCAUCAUCAAGACCAUCAGUCAAGUGGAUGUUCUGGCUCAGGCUGUGGAGGUGGUGUCCGGUGCGCUGCGGACGGAUGAAGGACAGGCUCUGUUCCUGGAGUACCAGGCUCUGCCGGCGGUUCUGUCUCUGCUGAGGUCUGGGUGUCCUGGUCUGCUGUCUCCGUCUGUGCAUGUGCUGCUGCAGAUGAGCUCAGACUCACGGAUGCUGUCUGGUUUCCUGGAGCAGUGCAGCUCGGAGGACUUCUUCCGCUGUGUCUCGGUGUUGCUGAGAAACCCUCGUCUGGAGCCAGCGCUGCUGGAGAAGAUGCUGAUGCUGCUGCAGAAACUCUCCAGCAUCCGGAAGAACAAGCGUCUGUUCGAAGCGUCGUCGCUGCACUUGCUGCUGCAGGAGAUGCACAGGACCAGCGACCGCAGCCAAGCCUUCAUCAGCAUGAACCUCAGCUCCAUCCUGCUCAACCUGGGCAUGCUCACACGCUCCUGACAAGCUCCUCACACACUCCUCACACCAUAAACACUUCAUUAUGCACUCUC